CCCGAGGGUGGAGACUGGGCGAGGCCGACCUUUUAUUAUUUGUGUGUGUGUGUAGUCUCUUAGCUCAUCUCUUCCUUCUGCCCGGAGAGGGAGGAGGAGGAGGAGGAGAACAGGAGAGGAGAGGGGGAGGUGAAACAAAAGGAAAAUAAAAGUAAGAAGAAGAGAAGCAAAGCUGUCUCUCUCCUUUUUUUUAGGGGGCCGUGAAAUGGGAAGGGAGUCUCGGGUGCUAUGGUUUCCGCUGAGCUGAGAGAACGACGCGGAUAAAUAACGACGAAGACCUCGCCUUGGGUGCCGGACUGGGGGGAGAUUGGCUCUGUGCCUCGUUCGCCCUCUCUUUCUUUCUCUCUCUAUGUUGUCUCAUCAUCCCGUUGCCUGAAACCGAGGAAGAGAGGAGGAGGAGGAGGAGUGGGAAGGGGGUUGGUGGGGGUGGUGGGUAAAACAUGGAAGAGCAACAGCAGCACCAUCUCCACCAUCAGCCGCCGGCGCCUCCACAGCCGGCGGCAGGAAAUGACUCGCCGCCCCGCUGCAGGGAUAGAGCUGACAAGUCUGCCGCCAGGAAGAAAACCAACGAGGACGAUCUGAAAAAUAAACCCAAGCUGAACCUUAACAUAAAAACUUUGGCGGACGAUGUGCGUGAUAGAUUAACAAGUUUUCGAAAGUCAGCUACCAAAAGAGAAAAACCUCACAUACAGCAUCCUACUGAUUCACAAGCAGCUAUGAGUGAUUUGCCAAUAGCACAGCCAGUAUUUGAAGAAUGCUUUAUGAAUCUUUCUGAGAAAGAGAUUUUGGAUCUCUUUGAAAAAAUGAUGGAAGAUAUGAAUCUCAAUGAAGAGCGCAAGGCCCCACUACGUGGAAAAGAUUUGUGCACAAAGAGAGAGAUGGUUGUGCAUUACAUCUCUGCAACUGCCAAAUCUAUAACUGGUAGCAAGGUCUCGGGAGGACUGAAAAACAGCAAACAUGAAAGUACCUUGUCAUCUCAGGAAUAUGUCCAUGAGUUGCGCUCUGGAAUUGCUGAUGAAAAGCUUCUCAACUGCCUGGAAUCAUUGAGAGUUUCUUUAACCAGCAAUCCUGUUAGCUGGGUUAAUAACUUCGGUCAUGAGGGGCUUGGCCUUAUGUUGGAUGUUUUGGAGAAGCUGUUGGAUAAAAAACAGCAAGAACUCAUUGACAAAAGAAAUCAACAUAAGAUGAUCCAGUGUCUCAAAGCAUUUAUGAACAACAAGUUUGGAUUGCAAAGAAUAUUAGGAGAUGAAAGGAGCCUUCUGCUGCUGGCAAGAGCAAUUGAUCCUAAGCAAUCCAACAUGAUGACAGAAAUUGUCAAAGUUCUCUCAGCAAUUUGUAUUGUUGGAGAAGAAAAGAUCCUUGAUAAAAUCUUGGAAGCGAUAACUGCUGCUGCAGAGCAAAAUAACAGAGAAAGAUUUGCACUCAUUGUGGAAGGGUUGGACAACCAUGAAGCAUUGCAAUUGCAGGUUGCCUGUAUGCAGUUAAUUAAUGCUCUGGUCACAUCACCAGAUGAUCUGGAUUUCAGGAUACACUUGAGGAAUGAAUUCUUGCGUUGUGGACUGAAGAAAAUAUUACCUGUGUUGAAAGAGAAAGAGAAUGAAGAGCUUGAUAUCCAAUUGAAAGUGUUUGAUGAAAACAAGGAGGAAGAUUUCAUUGAGAUAUCACAUCGUUUAGAGGACAUCCGAUCAGAGAUGGAUGAUAUAAAUGAGGUUUACCAUUUGCUGUCGAAUAUGGUAAAGGAUACUGCUGCAGAAAAUUACUUGCUUUCGAUCUUGCAACACCUACUACUCAUCAGGAAUGAUUAUUAUAUCAGACCCCAGUACUACAAGAUAAUUGAAGAAUGCGUUUCUCAGGUAGUGUUGCAUCGAAAUGGGACAGAUCCAGACUUUAGAUAUCGUAAACGAUUAGAUGUGGAUUUCAGUCACCUUAUAGAUCAUUGUGUUGAUAAAUUUAAAGUUGAAGAAAGUGAACAAAAGGCAUUAGAAUUUUCCAAAAAGUUUAAUGAAGAGUUUGCAGCUCGGCAGGAAGCACAGACCGAGCUUCAGAAGAGAGAAGAAAAAAUAAAAGAGCUUGAACUGCAAGUCCAUCAACUACAAGCUGAGUGUAAAGCAGCUCCUGCUGGUUCAGGUGUACCCCCACCUCCCCUGCUCACAGAAGGAGCUCAACCCCCUCCUCAAGCACCACCCCCUCCAACCGCCCUUCCAGGAAGCAUUCCUCCACCUCCGCCCCCACCACCACCACCUCCGGGAUGUGUGCCACCACCUCCUCCUCCUCCUCCACCACCUUUCUGUGGUCCGGGGAUUCCUCCUCCACCUCCAUUUGGAGGUGCACCUCCUGCUUUUGGGGCUCCUGUCGUGUUGCCACAUGGACUCCAAGCUAAAAAGCAGUACAAGCCAGCAGUUACCAUGAAAAGAGUCAACUGGUCCAAGAUUGUACCUCAGGACAUGACGGAGAAAUGCUUUUGGAUAAAGAUCAAAGAAGAAAACUUUGAGAGUACUGAUCUGUUCUCUAAACUAAUGCUUAGUUUUGCCACCCAGACAAAAGUAAAUAAAGAUGAAGUGCAAAAUGAGGAGAAAAAACCUUCCACUGCCAAGAAAAAAGUGAAAGAACUGAAGAUUUUGGAUGCUAAAACAGCUCAAAAUUUGUCAAUCUUCCUGGGUUCAUAUCGCAUGUCGUAUGAAGAAAUCAAAAAUGUAAUUCUGGAAGUGGAUGAAAAGAAGCUCAGUGAGUCUAUAAUCCAGAACCUGGUGAGGUAUUUGCCAGAGCACAAAGAACUCAGUACAUUAUCCCAGUUUAAGGAUGAAUAUGAUGAUUUAUGUGAACCAGAGCAAUUUGGAGUGGUGAUGAGCACCGUAAAGUUGUUACGGCCACGACUCAACAGUAUUCUUUUCAAGCUUCAGUUUGAAGAGUAUUUGAGUAACAUUAGGCCAGACAUUAUGAAUGUGACAUUUGCUUGUGAAGAGGUGAAAAAGAGUGAAAACUUCAGUAAAAUAUUAGAACUCGUCCUUCUGGUAGGCAACUUCAUGAAUGCCGGUUCCAGAAAUGCACAAACAUUUGGUUUCAACAUGAGCCAUCUCUGCAAGCUGAAAGACACCAAGUCAACAGAUCAGAAAUCAACUUUGAUGCAUUUUUUAGCAGACAUCACUGAAGAGAAAUAUCCAGAGAUUUUGAAAUUCACAGAUGAACUUAGCCAUGUAGAAAGCGCAAGCAAAGUUUCAGACCAGAACCUCAAGAGCAGUUUACUUGCCAUGGAGCAGCAAAUUCAGCGCCUUGAAAAUGACAUCAAGAAGUUUUCCCACACAGAAGACGAACAUGAUAAGUUUGUGGAAAAGAUGUCCAGCUUUGCCAAACAUGCCAGAGAGCAGUAUGAAAAGCUUUCAAACAUGUAUGGAAACAUGAUGAAGCUGUAUGAAGGACUGGGAGAAUACUUGGUCUUCAAUCCAAAAAACAUCAGCAUAGAGGAUUUCUUCCUUGAUCUCAAAAACUUCAGGUCGAUAUUCUUGGAUGCACUGAAAGAAAACAUUAAAAGAAGAGAGACAGAGGAGAAGAUCAAGAGAGCGAAACUGGCAAAGGAGAAAGCAGAAAAGGAGAAGUUGGAACGGCAGCAAAAGAAGAAACAACUCAUUGAUAUGAACAAAGAAGGUGAUGAAACAGGAGUGAUGGAUAGCCUGCUGGAGGCUUUGCAGUCAGGCGCUGCAUUCAGGGAUCGCAGGAAGCGCACGCCAAGAAGUCUUGGUGAACAAAGUCCAACUAGUCCAACCUCCCGGUGGCCUGUUGAAAAGGAAAACAGACGCGUUAACUUGGAGAGGUCACGGUCCCGUCACAAUGGAAAUAUGCCAUUUGCAUGAUCUCACGGUGCCAAAGAAGAUUUGAAGAUUGCUUUUUUUUUAAAAAAGACCUAAGGCAUCAAAACGGCCUAAGAGUGUGCAGUGAAUUGUAAGAGCUGGAAUAAAGAAGAUCUAAAGGGACUGACCCACCCAGGAAUCAUGGGGGAUCAUUUGUGGACUGUGUUGAAAUUAACUGCCUCUGCUGACACGUAUAUAAAAAAGUUUUUUAUAUAGUAUUACUAAACGAUAUAGUCGAGGAUAGUGAUGAAUCGAGGAACGUUUUAUACAGUAUUACAAUAAAAUUCACCCAAUUUGGUGUUCCUUAGAUUUUUUUCUGUUUUAUGGCAGUCAGCUGUUCUCAAGUAAACUUAAAGUAACUCUUUUUUGAAGAAAAAUACCAAAGGCUGAACCUGGUAUAUUAAUUGUUGAAAAGAAGCCUCCUGUUUUAUUUUCAGUGGGAGGGUGGGGGGGCAGGAGGGGGGCGCUUUAUUCAUUUUUUUCCCAAAAUGAAGUAUUUUUGGGAGGGGAAAUAUUUUCUAAUUGCACUUUUAUGUACUUUAGAUGCAUAUCUUUCAGGAAAAAUAUUUGCCCGCUGGUUAUAACAAAGACUGACAUCUGUUAAGUUACACAAUUAUAUGAUUUCUUGCAUCACGUACAAAAUAUGUUGUCUGAAUAUGAGAGCUUGCAUAGUAUUUGCAGGUGUUGCGAAAUAGCAUUGUAUCAUGGUUGUAUCACGGAAAUCAAGAUUUAAACAAUUGUGUCUUAAACUGCUUUGUAUUUAAACAUUUUUAUAUAAAAAAAAUUAUGGGUGCACACCUCAACACUUAAUUGAGAUAUGCCAUUAAAUUAUCAGAGUAAUGAACUAUUAAAGUUUAGUUAACCACUUUAAGUGUUAGGUAAUGACCACAUUAAAUGAUAAAAAUUUACUGCGAGUGAACCAGCCGUAUUCCCAAAUAGUAAAAUGAAGUGGGAUGUAAAUGAAUUUGCAUAUAUGUAACAGAGUUACUUAUAGUAUAUGAAAGAAAAUAAGAGAAUGUAUAUCAGCACAAUGCCUUUAAUGUCUGAAAUAAAAUCCAUAUUAUCGUG